AUGGAACCACAGUUAGUAAAAGCAAAUACUCCUAACUCUCCCUCUUUAAAUUGGAAAUAUAUCGGUAAAUUUUGAUUUUUUUGGGUAAUUUAACAACACUUUAAAAUGUUUCAAAUUUUUCUUUUCAAUAGGAAAAUUUUAUAGGAAAAUACGAAUUUUUAUAUAACUAGUUUUGACUUAAUUCAAUAGAAUGCAAGAAUAUUAUUUAAAUAUUUUUCACACUGCAUCAUUAAUUUCUUCAUAAAAUAAAUUAAAUCAUAAUAUUACGUUCAAUUUAUUUUUUUUAUUUUUAAACUUUGAGCCCUUUAAAUUGGAACAGGAUUUUUUGUUCCAAUUUAAAGGGGAGCAAGAGCACUUCGUCAAAAUCCUCAAAUAAUGGAGAUAUACCUAACAAUGGCUGGAAAGAUGAAAAAAAUUGCGCAGUCUGCGAUUCAAAAUUCAGCGCUUUUGGAAUGGGCAGACACUGCUGCAGAUUUUGUUAUAAAGCAGUUUGUUCUAAAUGUUCAGAAAAUAAAAUAAAAGUGCCGGAUAAAAGCGAAAAACAAAGAAUUUGUGACAAAUGUUUUGAGGAGAGGCUAAAUAAUCAAGAUGCACAGAUGAUAAGAGAAACCAUUAAAUUGAAAGAUGACCAAAUCGCAAUUUUAGAUAAAAGGCUAAAAGAUGAUACCAAAGAACUCAGAAAAGAGCAUAAAGCAAGAAUAAAAGAAGAAAAAAAAGCUGUGGAAUUAGAAGAAAAAUUUAAAUCAAAAAAUGAAAAAAUCGAGGAAAUUAGAAAAGAAGUGGGAAGAAAUUUGGAAAAAUUAGGGAAAAAUGAAAAUAAGAAGAAAAAUCUGGAGGAAGAAAAGGAGAAGCUGGAUAUGGAAAGUGAUAACUGUGACAAGCCAUUGCCAGAUUUGCAAAAUAAGGCUGAAAAUAAUAUGAAAGAAAUAGAAAACGAUAAGAAAAUACUAAAAGAGCUAGAAAAAAAUUUAGCUAGCUUAGAAAGUGACCAGAAUUCCUUACAAAGCCAAGUAAAGCUGAAGACCGCAGCCAUUGACGACUUAAGAACAGCUAUCUCCAAAAGAGAAGCAGAAAUAGCCCAAGUAUCCAAAGAGCUAAACGAAAACCAAAACCACUGCCAAAAGCUUAAAACAAAAAUAGACGAGCUUUCAGCAGAAUUCAAAGAGCUAAAACUCCAAGAAGAAACCCUCCUCAAUCAAGAAGAAAACUUAGAACAAGAAGUAAAAUCACAGCGAAACAUUGUAAGUGAGCUGACAGAAACAAUCCAAAACUUAAACUCACAAAUAAAUAAAACCCAAGACUCAAUCAACAAAAAACAAGAAGCAGAAACUGAACUCAAAACCCAAGUCCAGGACCUCACAAAAAAUAAUGAAUCUCUAGACGAAAAACAAAAAGAAAACGAAGACAAGCUAAAAAAACUCAACGAAGAGCACCAAAAGUCAUUAGCAGACUUAGAUGAAGCCAGCAGAGACCUAAGCGCACUUACUAUUAUGCUGAAUGAAAGCAAAAAGAAGCUUGAAGAACCUGUCCCAAAGAAAAAGAAAUCAGACUGCAUUAUAUAUUAA